CGGCCAGUUUCCGAACGUGAGCCGCCCACAACACACGCGUGCGUUUAAAACACAAUUUGUAACGCCUAAGUUUGUUCUAAAAGUUUCCUACGUAAAGUGGCUGUGAUUAUUUACACUAAAAGUGAUAUAAUUUAAAAUAUUUUUUCAUUAGCUCAAAUUACGGUUUACGUGGUCAACAAUGUUUAUAGACGAGAAUGAAACGCCGGCGUCAUGGUGGGUGUCGAUCGCGCUCAAGGCGAUCCGUGCAGUGACGUUGGUGUUUGACAUUCUCACCUUUCCCAUACACCUCGUUCUGCAGAAGCCCUGGCGAAAGCGCGCGCUCUCACGACGCAUAAAGGCUACCAUAAUAGAGUCAACAUCCAACAGCAUAACGGUGCGCUCAGUAAGCUCACCUUGCGAGUUACACACACGCCUCGUGCGCGAUGGCGUCACCACAAUGGAGAGCAUGCUCCGCGCCGCUGCUGCGCGAUGGGUCAACAAACCCUGCCUCGGAACCCGUCAGCUUCUUGGAGAGGAAGAUGAACCACAACCCAAUGGACGGAUCUUCAAAAAGUUCAAGAUGGGCAACUACGAAUGGCGCACAUACACAGAGAUGGAGCGUGAGGCGAAGCAUUUCGGGGCCGGGCUAAGGGAGCUGGGCUGCCAGCCGGUUAAGAACGUGGUCAUGUUCGCCGAGACACGCGCAGAGUGGAUGAUCGCAGCACACGGGUGCUUCAAGCAGAGCAUUCCUGUGGUGACAAUCUACGCAACCCUGGGCGAUGAUGCUAUCGCACAUGGUAUCAAUGAAACCGAGGUCUCCACCGUUAUCACCACACACGAUCUGUUGCCCAAGUUCCGCAAGAUCCUCGUCAAGACGCCCAAGGUGGACACAAUAAUAUACAUGGAAGACCAGCUAAAGCCCACCGAUCGCGAAGGCUUCAAGCCAGGCAUCCGCAUUGUCGGUUACAAAGAAGUUAUGCAGAUGGGCAAGGGCUCCUCUAUUGACAAUGUGCCGCCUUCGCCAAAAGAUACCGCCAUCAUUAUGUAUACCAGUGGCUCCACCGGCGUACCUAAAGGGGUUAUUCUGAGCCAUCGGAAUAUGGUUGCUACGCUUAAGGCGUUUGCGGACUCGACGCCGAUCUUCGAGAACGAUGUAUUGAUGGGCUUCCUACCAUUGGCGCACGUCUUUGAACUGCUGGCUGAGAGUCUCUGUAUCAUUGCCGGCGUGCCCAUCGGGUAUUCAACACCGCUGACGAUGCUGGACUCGUCGAGCAAGAUCAUGCGUGGUACCAACGGUGACGCCACCACCCUCAGGCCCACCUGCAUCACUACCGUACCGUUGAUAAUGGACCGCAUCAGCAAAGGCAUCACGGACAAAGUGUCCCGCAGCGGUGCGUUCGCCAAUGCGUUCUUCAAGUGGGCGUACACCUACAAGCAGACCUGGAUGCGACGCGGGUACGAUACGCCCAUACUUAAUCGCAUUAUGUUCACGAAGAUAACGGCGCUGUUGGGCGGUCGCCUGCGGCUGAUGAUCGCUGGUGGCGCCCCGCUGUCACCCGACACGCACACACAGAUUCGCGUAUGCCUUUGCUGCGACGUCGUCGCCGGCUACGGCCUCACCGAAACCACCUCCUCGGCCACUGUCAUGGACCCCCACGACCGGUCGACGGGCCGCGUGGGCGCACCUUGUACUGGCACCGACAUCAAACUGGUCAACUGGGAGGAAGGAAACUACCGCGUCAGUAAUAAGCCCUUCCCUCAGGGUGAAAUCGUGAUCGGCGGCGAUAACGUGGCUGAAGGAUACUACAGGAACCCAGAGAAGACACGCGAGGAGUUCGUGGACAUGGAAGGACGACGAUGGUUCCGCUCUGGCGACAUCGGCGAGCUGCACCACGACGGGUGCAUCAAAAUCAUCGACCGCAAGAAGGACCUGGUGAAAUUGCAAGCUGGCGAAUACGUAUCACUCGGCAAAGUUGAAGCUGAGCUUAAAACUUGCCCAAUCGUUGAAAACAUCUGCGUAUACGGAGACAGCUCGAAGACAUACACAGUUGCAUUACUGGUGCCAAAUCCGCAGCAUUUAGCGGAACUGGCAGCUAGGAUCGGCCUUCCUGACAUGGACUUCGAACAGUUGUGCAACAAUAGCGAGAUUGAGAAGGCUGUGGUUAAGGAGUUGGCUGAUCAUGCCAGAAAAUGUGGCCUGGAGAAAUUCGAAGUACCAGCGGCAGUGAAGUUAUGCACGGAGGUCUGGACUCCGGACAUGGGCCUAGUGACGGCCGCGUUCAAGAUCAAGCGGAAAGACAUCCAGGAGCGCUACAAGGAAGAUAUCAAACGCAUGUACGCCUCAUGAAACGCACCCAAACAGUACUAAACAGGCGAGUCACGCCAACUCGGAAUAUCGGCAACGCGCGCGACGCAUUGUACAUAAAUCGAUAUAAACGUUCCAAUUCUUGAUGUUUCUAAUUUCUGUAGUAGAUAGUCGCGUGCGCCGAUUUUGGCAUAUAGAAAAAUUUGUCGAUAGCGUCUGUACAUAGUAGCGUCAGAAUCUAUCUGGCACCAAGUUUUAGUUUGCACUCUGCUAAGGCUUAUACAUAAUUUAAUUUAUAUUCUACGCUUAUUCUGUUGCUAUUAUUUCUCUGUACAGUUUCGUAAACAUUAGUGUGUAGAUUCGUAUCUUGUAAAUUAUUUUUGAAAGAUUAGGCCUCAAUUUUUAUAGAAAUAUUUGUAUAUCGAGCACACAUCACAUGGUAAAUAUUUAUAAUAGUAAAAAAGAAUGUAAAAAAUUAUAAUUGCCAAAAAGUUAUUUAAAUGUUCGAUUGUUAUUUCGAUGUAAUAGCACUAAUAUACUUAAAAAAAUCAUAAUAAUAUGAACACAUAGGAAACUGUAAUCGGUUCCCGAGUUUCUAUUCUUGUAAGUUUUGUAAAUAAUUCUAAAUAUUGUAGUGUUUUAUGCAAAAUUAAGAGUGUUAGGUGAUGUAUGAAUGUAUUGUUUUGUACAAGGAAAAUGUAGGUUACACGCGAUUGUAAAACGCGAAAUAAAAAAGUAUUCAUAGAUCUGAUGGCGGACGGGAAAUAGACAAAAAGUAUGCGAAUGCAAUGUGUGAUUGGGCGGUGCAAUUAAUUUAAUGUCAAUAAAAUGUAGAAAUAAUCGUGUAGAUACGAAAUGUAUAGACAAUUUUGAACUGGCCCGUGAAACUACUAGUAACAAAAAAAUUUUAAUUGUUUCGUGGCUUGGACAUAUGCACACGAUAUGCCAUUACAACAUGAACGAGAGUUCGUUAUUUAUCGAAUAAGCCGAAGAUAUUAACAAUGCAAUUUAAUUUACCGAUACUUUCGAUCGUGUGUACAUGUCCUAACGUGGGAAACUAUAGAUAAGUUAUUCGUUGUAGUACUUAGGGGUUUUGGGAUUUGCCGCUAUAAUUUAUGUAAUAUUUUUGCAAUAAUAGAAUUUGUUUUAGUUGAUGAUUAUCAAUGAAAGCGUGUUGUGUUGCGAGUGCAUAAUCGAUUGCCAAAUGGUUCGUUUUUUAUUUGUGUUUGUUUUAAAAAGAAUGCUUAAAUUAUGUUGACACAUUGUUGGUGUCAAUGGCAAUUUGAGUCUGAUUAAAAUUUGUUGAUUAGUUUUAUUACCACAUAACCGUGAGCAUUAUAAAUUACCUUAUUUCCGAUUAUAGCGUACAGCAUUGUACCCAUAAUUAAUUCAGAGCGCAUUUCGUCGUGCAUUUCAAUACAAUUUAAUGUAAUAAAUAAAUAACCCAUAUUAUAAAUCUGAAUACAAUUUUUAAUGUCUGAAACUUAAAACCCUAUGCUGUAAUAGUGUAUGUUGCUGAUACUGUUAAAUUCCAUUGAUGUAUUUAAUGUGAAAUAUUGUGAAUGUUACUAAAUAAGUAGCAUCAUAUUUUUCGAUGUAUAAUCGUAAUUACAAAUUGUAAGAAUAUCCUAUCGUCUCAGUGUAGGAGUUUCACUCAGUUUGUGAUUGAUUUUGUGUUUGAAAUUAUUGGAACUAAAGAAAUUUUGUAUUAUUU